AUGGAAAAACUAGCGAUCGGAUGUGAUCGGAUGGCUUUGAUAGCCCUUACGGACAUCGCGGCAAGUCAAUACGCGAAUUUGACAUCUGUUACGACGGCAGCUUCAUCUGUUUCACAAAUCGACGCUAGGGGUUUGUCAACAUCUACAGUGGACCAACUCGCCGGUAUUUCUGUCGUCCACAAGACGGAAGACGGCGAAGGCGAUGUGUUGCAACACUCGGUGCCUCCGGAUGACAAGAAGACUGAAGUCGAUACUUCCCAAAUCGAUCAACUGCCGUCAAAGAAAACCGAUCAGACCGAUACGACCCCCACUGUGGGUUCUGCAAAUGUCACACCUCCCCGCGCGCCCUUGCGACUGAUGUCAAGUGGAUUCGAAAGUGUACCGCACAGGGGAAUGCCCGGCUGGUUUCAUGAUGCAAUGAGAUAUUCUAAACCUUUUGAUGAUGAGAACACGUUGCGAGCCGCCUUCAUGUAUAAGUAUCGAAGACAUAUAUAUGUUCAGCCACAUAUAUAUGUACCGGAAAACCUUGAUGGAUAUUCCCGCUAUCUGGUAGUUUAUUCUAUUGGCAAAGACAUAGACUUGUAUGGUACCAGGGAUUCCAACGAAUGGAUAGCAAAAGAAUAUAAAUGUGAACGGGACGGCUUCGAAUCAACGGUCACAGCCAGAUAUCAUACUGCUUGGUGUGACGACUCCAAAUCAAACUCAAGAUCACAUGCUCUUGCAUUUGUUCAAGCUAACCGCUAUGUGGCAAAUUUGUUGACUGACUAUCAAGAUAGUCUCAUGAACCGCUGGAUGACACAUCGACACCCCGGAGAGGAGGAAUGUAAUAAAUCUCCAUAUCAUGCUUCUACAACAUUUUAUGUUAACAACUUAUUUAUUUUCCAAGCUAUUGGGUUUUUGCAAAGUAAUGACCCGGGUUGUCAAAAAACCCUUGUAUGUGCCGAAACGAUUGAGAAUGCAUUUAUACAUUUUGAGUACCAACAUAAAUGUAACAUCUAUUGCGAGAAACUAGAUAUGGAAAGAGUGAAUGACAAUUAG